AUGGCGGAAAUGGUGUGGUCAUUUGUUCGUGAACAUUUGAUUCCAGUAUUAAUGGAAACAGCCAAUACGAUCACGGGCGUCCCAAAAGAAAUUGCCGAAAUUAAGCAUGGACUGGAAAGCAUUCAAGAGUUCAUGAACGAUGCAGACAGAAUGGCUGAAGCUGAAGUAGACAAUACCCGUGGUGGAAUCAAAACAAAGGUGAAGUUGCUAAGAGAAGCAGCUUUUCGCAUGGAAGAUGUCAUUGAUAAAUAUAUUAUCUCUGAGGAACAACAACCUCGCGAUCCUGGCUGUGCUGCUUUACCCUGUGACCCAGCUGACUUCACCAAAACUAUGAUCCUUCGGCUUCAGAUAGCAUGUAAGAUUCAAGGUAUUAAAUCACAAGUUCGUGAAAUCAAGGAAAGAAGUGAAAAAGAUGGCGCUUCCAAAUCCAGUCUUCUUUGGGACAAGCACCAGGAAGGAAGAGCAGAGCGCACUGUCAUAUCUCUGGUAGGAAUGGGAGGGCAGGGGAAAACCACUCUUGCGAAGAAAGUUUUUGAUAACAAAGAGGUGAUUGAACACUUCAAUUGCCAUGCAUGCAUCAUAGUAUCUCAAUCCUACACCGUGGAUAGAUUGGAUAGAUUGUUGAGGGACAUGCUGCAGAAGUUUUACGAAGAAAACAAGGAGGAUCCUCCUCCAGGUAUUUCUUCAAUGGAUCGAGAUUCAUUGAUAAAGGAAGUAAGAAACUACUUGCGGCAAAAGAGGUAUGUCGUCUUAUUUGAUGACGUGUGGAGUGAACACUUUUGGGAAGUGAUCCAAUUUGCUUUAAUUGAUAGUAAAAAUGGAAGUAGGAUAUUUAUCACAACUAGGGACAUGCGUGUUGCUAGUUGUUGCAAAAAAACUUCUUUUGUUCAAGUGCAUGAACUGCGACCUUUAAAUCAAGAAAAAUCUUUUGAGUUGUUCUGUAAAAAAGCAUUCAAAUUUGAUUUAAAUGGAUGUUGUCCACCAGAUCUUAUGGGCAUAUCUUCUGAGAUUGUUAAAAAAUGUCAGGGGUUACCACUAGCAGUUGUGGCCACUGGUUGUCUUUUAUCUACCAAAGGUAGAGAUGCAAUUGAAUGGAGAAAGUUUAAUCAAAAUCUAAGUUCAGAGUUGGAGAAAAAUUCCCAUGUAUCUCCUAUAACCAUGAUUUUAGCUUUUAGUUAUCAUGAUUUGCCUUACUAUCUCAAACAAUGCUUCUUGUAUUUUGGAAUAUAUCCGGAAGACUAUGAAGUUAAGUCAAAAAGAUUGUUUCAGCAAUGGAUUGCUGAGGGUUUUGUCAAACAUGAAAUGAGGAAAACUUCGGAAGAAGUUGCAAAAGAAUAUUUGACAGAAUUGGUUAACAGAAGUUUAGUGCAAGUAUCUUCCUUUACCAUUGAUGGCAAAAUUAGGAGUUGUCACAUUCAUGACUUAUUGCGUGACAUGAUCCGUAUAAAAUGUAAGGAUUUAAGUUUUUGCCACUAUAUUAAUGAAUAUGGUGAGCCAGAGUUAAGUGGGAUAAUUGGGCACCUAUCAAUACAAAGCUUCAGUGUCUAUAAUUUAAAGGGAAGUAUAGAAAGCUCGGACGUACGAUCAUUGUUUAUUUUCAAUUUCGGAGACGACUAUGAAAUAUUGAAUGAACAUUUUGCAAGGAUUAUCCUUACAAAAUACAAGGCAUUGAAGAUACUUGAUUUUGAAGAUGCAAAUCUUGAUCUUGAAGAUGAACUACUUGAUCGUAUUGUUAAUAAUUUGGGGUAUUUAAUCCACUUGAGGUAUUUAAGCUUUACAGGAUUAGGUUUAUCUGAUCUUCCCAAAGCCAUUGGUAAGCUUCAGAAUCUGGAGACCUUGGAUCUAAGGCGUACAAAUGUCCAUGAUUUGCCAAGGGAGAUUCGCAAGCUUAAAAGGCUACGACAUCUCCUUUUGAGUUCUUCCACUUCUUUGAUUCAAUUGAAGGAUUGUAUUAGAGUGAUGACAUCCCUGCAAACAUUGUGUAAAGUGAGCAUAGAUGGCAUCGGCAAAGAGUUAUUCAUAGAGCUGGGAAAGCUGUGA